UCCUCACACUAAUCAAACAACCGAUGCUUUUGUUGUGUUUCUCUUCGAAUAAAGUUUGUGUUUCAUGGUUCUUCUUCUUCUUUACUUCAAGUGAAAGAAAAGAGGACUAUCAACAUCUGCAAGUGUAUGUGGAACUAUCUACAUGCUGUUCUUUUUGGCCGUCCGAUGACAACCCAUGUCAUAUUUUCUCCUGUUUUAGAAGUUUGAUUGGGAGGGGGCGCGUAGAUGGAAUUAUUAACCAGAGUGCAUAUUUCCAUCUGCAAUUGGAGUUUGAUUGGGAGGCGGCCGUGAAGGAGAUUGACGAUGCUUGUGAACGGGUAGCUUUGGCUUCCAUUGCUGACGAGCCCGUCCGCUCAGUUGCGAGCGAGAACCAGGAUGGUAAUUUUCGCGACGGAAAAUUCCCAUUCUUUUACAGGCCAAAAUCGAGCAAUGGUGCUCGUCAAUCCACCCUCGACGGCUUCGUUGGCAGCAGCAAGAAAUUCGGGGAUGGGCCUGAAUCCAGCAGCAGAGCAACCAUGGCUGUUGAUGACGGCGAAAAUCUCUAUGUUAGUAUUGAUCCCGAGACGGCCAAAACAUGGAUUUAUCCAGUUAAUGUGCCACUUCGUGAUUAUCAGUUUUCAAUUGUCAAGACGGCAUUGUUUUCCAAUACCUUGGUUGCGUUGCCCACGGGCUUGGGGAAAACACUUAUUGCUGCGGUUGUAAUGUACAACUAUUUCAGAUGGUUUCCAAGAGGAAAAAUUAUUUUUGCUGCUCCAUCACGACCGCUAGUUAUGCAACAGAUUGAAGCAUGCCAUAAUAUUGUUGGAAUUCCUCAAGAAUGGACGAUUGACAUGACUGGUCAGAUGAGCCCUUCGAAAAGAUCUAGCUUUUGGGAGACAAAAAGAGUUUUUUUUGUUACUCCUCAAGUGCUCGAGAAAGAUAUUAAAUCUGGAAGGUGCCUAGUGACAGAGUUUGUAUGUUUGGUGAUUGAUGAAGCACAUCGUGCAAUGGGAAACUAUUCUUACUGUACUGCAGUUCGUGAGUUGAUGGCUGUCCCUGUCCAAGUAAGGAUAUUAGCAUUAACAGCAACACCUGGCUCAAAAAAGCAUACUGUUCAGAAUGUCAUUGAUAACCUUCAGAUUUCUGUCCUUGAGUACCGGAAUGAAAGUGACAAUGAUGUCAAAAAAUAUAUGCAUGACAGACAAUUGGAACUAAUAGAGGUUGCUAUGAGCAAUGAUGCAGUUAGAAUAAAUAACUUGCUUCUGGAAGCUAUACAACCACUUGUCUCUAGACUUUGUGCACUUGGGGUGCUGCAACAUAGAGACCUUUCGACAUUUAGCCCUUGUGCGUUGCUUAAUUCAAGGGACAAAUUUCGUCAAUCUCCUCCUGCAAAUCUUCCACAGGCAAAGUAUGGAGAAGUUGAAGGAUAUUUUGGAGUUCUAAUCACCCUUUACUACAUUCAUAAAUUGUUAUCAAGUCAUGGCACGAGACCAGCAUAUGAAAUGUUGCAAGAGAAAAUGCAGCAAGGGACAUUUGCAAAGCUCAUGAGUAGGAAUGAGGCUCUGUGGAAUGCCAAAAUGCUGAUGGAGAAAAGCUUAUCUCAUGGUGCCCCAAAUCCCAAAUUACUGAAGAUGUUAGAAGUACUCACUGAUCAUUUCAAAACCAAGGAUCCUCAGCAAUCAAGAGUGAUCAUUUUUUCAAACUAUAGAGGCAGCGUCAGGGAUAUAAUGGAAUCAUUGUCCAGUCUUGGAGGUUUUGUUAAAGCAACUGAGUUUAUCGGCCAAAGUUCAGGGAAGUCUUUGAAAGGACAAAGCCAGAAAGUUCAACAAGCUGUUUUGCAGAAGUUCCGUACUGGUGGAUAUAAUGUUAUUGUUGCAACAUCAAUUGGUGAGGAGGGUCUGGACAUUAUGGAAGUUGAUCUCGUGAUUUGCUUUGAUGCCAAUAUUUCACCUCUUAGAAUGAUUCAGCGUAUGGGAAGGACAGGAAGGAAGCACCAUGGUCGAGUUGUUAUUCUAGCAUGUCAAGGAAAUGAAUUGAAGGGUUAUCUGAACAAGCAGGCAAAGGCAAAGGCAGUGGGGAAACACAUGCAUAAUGGAGGAACCAACAGCUUCAUUUUCCAUUCAAGUCCUAGGAUGGUUCCCCAUAUUUACAAGCCUGAGGUUCAGUUUGUUGAGUUGUCAAUUGAAAAAUUUGUUCCUCGUGGAAGGAAAGUGAAAGAAGAUUCAGUGAAAAAGGUUCCAUGCUUGAACAUGUCAACUGCCGAAACUGAUUUGUUAACAAAGUACUUCGAUUCUGGAAAAGAGGAUAGGUGGAACCCAUCCCUUAUCGCAUUUCCCCACUUUCAAGUGUUUCCUUCCACAGUUCAUCAUGUUCGACAUUCAUAUAGAACAACGCGAAUGCUGAUUGAUAGUAUGCAACUACUUCAAGAAGUGGGUUCGUUUGAUUCAAAUAGACCAAUUUCUGAUGGCAAGGUCAGCCUCUCAGGUCCCUCGUGUGUCCAAGCUGUAUCAGUGCCUCAAGCUAAUAUCGCUAUAGUUGCACCUGCGGGUAUGGAGUUGCAUAUUCAGGUGAUGCAGGGGUGUAACUCUAUGAUACAUACCCAAGUGUGCCAAUUUCCCAGCUGGUUGGUGGCUGACAAACAGGCAGUCAUUGUUCUUCUAUUUUUUUGUUGUUUGAACUCAAGCGCAUUCCUGCAAGUGGGAGAUGAAUCUGCGAAACAUGAUUGUCCAUCACUUUUGGAAACCAAGUUUGAUGCUCAAGCAUCUGUAGACAAAGUCUCACAACAUAAUUUUCAACAGUGUAUUCCAGGCAUUUCAAGCCAGAGAAUUGCCCAUCAUCGCUUUCUUUUUGGUACCAGCUUUGUGUCAGUUACUGCUGUUGGAAGUAUCUGUAUUUCAUAUGUACCCUUGCUUCCUUCUUCAGAAGAGGCAGCAGGUUUUAAGAUUUCAGUGCCGAAGCAAGGCUGGGAAGUGAAGACCGUCAAGCAAGAAAUGACUCCAUUUAGGGCACCAUCAAGGAAGAAGAAUCAGAAUUGUGAUGCAAAGAAUGCAAUUGGGAGUCAUAAUUUUGCAUGCAAAAGUCCAAUUCCGUCUAGACCUGAUGCUGACAAACCUGCAUGCCUUACUGACAUCAAGGAAAUAGUGCCCCAAGCACCCAUGGUAGAAAGUAAAUCUCCAACCACGCUAAUUGAAAAUGCCACUGGUAAAAAUGUCCCCCUUAAAGCAUAUUCUGUUAUGCCUGUAAGUGACUUGAAAGAUUUAGAGCUAAGCCCAAGAUUGACUAAUCUUAUAGAAAGGGGUGUUGUACCUGAGACUCCUACAGCUGAACCAUUUAAUGAGUCUUCUGCAACAGUUCAUGUUUUAAACGCAAGUAUGACAGCAAAGACAGAUGGUUGCAGCUUGAGUAUAGAUCAUCUGAGCCCCAGUGUCAUGGUACCAAGAUGUUCUGCAAAGUUAUUCAAUAGCCCAGAAUGCAUUCAAAAUCCAGUGUCAACUUUUUCGUCAUUAGGUCCAUGUGAACUGGAUACCUUCAGAACUCCUGCAUUUGAUUCCAGAACUGGAAAACGGUUAGAUACGGAAAAUAGUGAAGGUGUAUCUGAUGUUAGAAACAUGAAAUUGUGUGGCCUUUCUGCUGCCAAUUUGCCUACUCCAACAGAGAAACAUGACAGUAAAAGCUGUAGCGAAGAAUGGCAAGAUAUACCAACUUCUGUGCACCAGCCAUGCAAAUUAAAAAGGUUGCGCAAAUAUAGGGACAUUGGAAAAAGUACACCUCAUCAAACCAUGCAUAGAAGAUCUAAUGAAGAUGGAACAAGUCUCGGUGUUGGCUCCAACAGAGCCAAAUCUGUAGUUGCAAAGCUUCAAAGAGGUAAAAUGAUCUCAAGAUCUCGUGUCAAUGACUUUUUUGAUGAAGAAGCAGAAGUAUCUUCUGACAUGGAUGUGUCGGAAGAUGAACAAGAGGACGGUGAAGACCCUGAAAAUAAUAGUUUUGUUGAUGAUAGAGUCAAUUCGACAAUAGCAACUACUCAGGCAGAAGCUAGUGAAACUGACAUGAUGGCAUUUUACAGCAGGCGAUCUCUUCUCUCACAAUCACCAUUAGAAUGCCACCUAAAUUUCAAUGGUUCUUCCCCCAUAGUUACUAUUAGUGAAGGUCAUUCACUAGGUACAGAUAGUUUUGAAAAGUCUUCAGUAGUAAGUGGGAGGUCAAUAAACCAGUCAAACAGCAGCAACAGGGAUCCUUGUGAGCUGGAAGAAGGGAUAACAUCAGUAAAUGCACUGGCAAGUGAGGUACGGAUAGCUGUGAGGAAGCAAACAGAAGGGAAGAUAGAUAUGAGGAAAAGAAAAUUGGAUUAUCAAUCAGUCCCUUCUCUUCAUGCAGCAGAUAUUUGUGUUGAAGGAAAUGGACCUGUUACUUCUCGUUGUGAAGAAAAAUGCCCUGAGCAUGAGAAUGACACAGUUUUUGAUGAUCAAUUCUAUGAGGGCCUUGAUCUUGAUGAGAUAGAGGCAACAGCUGCGGAAAUGCUGCAACGUAAAUCUGAGUUAACAUUACAGCAAUCUGCAAAACUGGAAACAUCUUUGAACAGAAAGGAAGGACAUGACCUAGAUGUCCUUUGCUCUCCUUCAUUUGAUCUUGGGGUUUGAUUGACAUAGUGUCCAGAGCAUGUUUUAUGGCAACGGAUUGCAGUUUGUUGACAUUUUGCAGCUUCCGUGCUGCAUUUCAAACUCAAGAGUAUCUAAUGGGCAGCUGCUGCAGUUAAGUUGGGUAACACAUUGCGACCUCUUUCAUCAAGAUCUUUUCACUAAUUCAGGCAGCUGUUAAUUUUAGUAUCUGGUUGGAAUGGGUUUUUCCAAUUGGUGAAUAUAAUGAGCCGCUGGCCCUGUCCGCAUGUUUUUGAAGUACAUGGCAGUUUUAUAACUUCUGGGCUGGGCUGCAGUAUAUGGAGUUAAGCCCUCAGUUUGAUUCCAAUAGCUAAUUAUGCAUAUUACUGUAAAGUGAAGUUAUUUUAUGGAUCUCCUGCCAGCCUCUUACUGUUAUAGGUGGACUUAUAACCCAAUAAGAUUCAGACCAGAUGGUUGAUAGUAAUUUGUGGAAGGUGACUGACAGUCAUCCAACAUAAUGGGAUGAUAUUAGUUUUCUGAGAUAAAUUCUGUGACUUGACGGAAUCAGCUACAAAAUGAUACCAAUAUAAAUGUAUAGGCUGAGGCUGCCACUAACUGUAUAAGUUUUGAUUGUAAAAAUAAAAAAAUAUAUUAUCAUUGUCUUAUGAUUGAAUUAAAUGAAAGCAACGCCACUUGUUGUCUUAA